AUGGCAAGCCAUCACCACCCGGGGGCAACUUGGAACCCCGACAGAGCCGAUGCAUGGGAAAAUCUUCAGGAAGAUUUCCAACCUGACCUCGCUCCGCUCCCCAACCACACAAGUGCACAGCCCCACACAUACCCAAACCAUACCGGACCUGGAACUCGAAUCGUCCCACGCAACUUGCCAAACCCUUCCAACUAUCAAACUGGCGCCGGCGUGCCACACCUCCGCAGCAUUCCUGCCACAGGGGCAGGGGUUAUUUCUCCAUACUCGACUCAUUUCAACCCAUCACCAAGCCCCCUUGGGGGAAAUGGAACCAAGGCCGGUCCUCAGUUCAACACUUCUAACACCAAUCACAGUAUCCCUGGAACCCCAGGUAUUCAAGCCACAGAGACCCAUGAAACUGAUGAGGCUGCAGGCCCCACCCAACGGCACCCCGGUCCAAUGGGAGGCAGGGACGCAGGGGGGAUUGGCCCGAUACGCACCCCAUCCCACACCAGUCUCCCCAAUCCUUCCCCCUAUAGACAUGAAGACCGGUCAUCUGCUUCUGACUCCGUCAGCAGUUUCAGUCAACACUCAAGCUCAUCUGACUCAACCACCUCAAUCCGGCCAGAAACCCUGACUUACAUCCGCAAGACUUACCAUCUCCUCCAAGAGAACCUUGAAAAUCAUGAGGAGUUUGCUCACAUCGGACAACCCCUCUUCAGUAUUCCGGAACACGAGCAGUGGCCAGCAGCGGUUGCAUUGAUCUUGCAGCAAGCCCGGGUUAACACAUCAUCCCAAGCAGCCACACCGGGCCUGGCUGUCCAGACAAACAAAGAACUCCCCAAUCUCAAGACCCUUGUCAGCACCAACAUCUGCAUCAUCUUGCUCAACCCCAAACUUGACGUAUAUGGACAUCGAGGCAAUCGCAGCAACAAAAAGGCUGAAACACCAUAUUCAAUGAUGAAGCUCAAGGCCGACAAAUUCAAGCUGUCGACCAUCAUCCAAUCCUGCUUGCCCAGUCCACCCAAGAAAGCCCCCCCACUGAAGCAACUCGUUGGCUCGGUGUACAUUGGCAUGCUCCCCCGAUACAAGGACACUCUUCUACCACAGGUCUAUUCAGAUGUUCCACCGCCCGCUAGGGCCCGGCUGUCCUACAUCCGAUUCAUGAUCAACCUCAACCGUAUCCAACGGAAGGGUAAGACCAAGGGCAAGACGCCAACCUUCUGGCAUCAAAUCAAAGAUGACCUCAAUGCCCGAAUCGACAAAGGGCGCCUUUACCAAUAUGCCUUUGGGCAACUGAUCCUACGCAAAGACAAGCGACUGUGGGAUGGUGCCACCGCCUUGGAUGAGGUCGACCCGGACGACUGUGCUCUCCCCACCGAAGCUGAAAUCGAAGCCGAGAUCGCCGGUCUCAGUGCAGAGCAAUCCUCCCAGGCCGAAGCGACUGACUUUUAAUACUCAGACCUCACCACUGCUGAUACCGAAUUGGA